CGUUCGAUAUGUGACGAAUUGGUUCGAACUAACCAACCAUCAUCACCAUGAAGUCUGGUCUGCUCACUGCUCAUUCCCUUCAAUUCUGUGGCCUCGCUCCAACUCAUCACAAUCCCUUUCUCAGAACCCCUUCUUCUUCUUCUUCUUCUUCUUCUUCUUCUUCAAAUCCCAUCUCUGUUGUGACUUUGCGAAUCAAGCCCUCUCGUUCUUGUUGGCUCACACUUUGUUCCUCCUCCAUCCCCUCAAAUUCGAAUACCAAAUCGACCACGAAUCAAACAGAAGAGACUUCGAAUCCUAAUCUUGAUGUAGAAGAGAACGACACGACACAGCAGAAUCGAUGGACAGUCCAAGUGGGAAGCCCCACUGUUCCGUCUCUUCCAAUGUCCAAAUUGAGCUUGAGCGAUCAAGCUUUCUUUCUCCUGGCCUUCAUUGCUUGCACGACAUCUGUGGCCUUUAUGAGCCUUGUUACUGCAGCAGUACCAACACUAUUUGCAAUGCGUAGAGCUGCAAUAUCUCUUUCAAAGCUGGCAGACACUGCUCGCGAGGAGCUCCCUAGUACAAUGGCUGCAAUCAGGCUUUCCGGCAUGGAAAUAAGUGAUCUUACUCUAGAAUUGAGUGACUUAAGCCAAGAGAUAGCUGAUGGGGUCAACAAAUCUGCUCAAGCUGUGCAAGCGGCUGAAGCUGGAAUUCGGAAAAUAGGUUCUUUUGCUCGCCAACAAACUAUGUCGAUGAUUCAGGAGAGGGCAAACCUGCCCACAAUCCCUUUGCAGCCCGUUGUUGCAGGGGCUGCAAUGAAGACUUCUCGUGCUGUUGGCCAUGCCACGAAGACUUUUAUGAACAUGAUCUCUAGAGGAGAGCUUGGCGCGGAAAAUGAAAGUGAAAACCUAGCUGAUAGAUUAGAAAUAUAGCAAGCUUACGAGUUCCUAUUGUUUUAGUACCCAUUGUCAUCAACCCAGAAGUUGUAGUUUAUAAUUGAGAUUACACGUGUUUAAAAUUAGUUAUUGAGAGCUCGGUAUGACAGAUAGCAUUUGCUUUGUAUACAUAGGAUAAACAUGUACAUUUUACCUCCUAAUGUUUCAGGAUUGUAAAGAGAUUUAUUUUGCUA